CGUCACUCGCUUUCCCCGUUUGCUUCAUCUCCUGCUUCUCGCUGCAUCCUUAUUUCCCUGUCUGCAUCUUCCACCCUCCUUACGCUCCCUCCCUCUCCUUCGCUCCGCCCUCCUUUCUUUCCCCCCCACCUCUCUCUCGUUCUCCGUCUGUUUACUUGCCUGCUUCUUCCUAUCCCUCCGUUCUCCGUCAACAAACAUCGACCCCCGAUACCGCACCAACUACCCAUUCUUUGCACCUCCCCAUUUCUAUCUAUCUAUAUCUAACGCCUUUCACGACCUAAAACAAAAACGCAAUCGCAUACCUUCACUUACUCCCCUCUCGGGCACACCGCCUGAGCCAUGUUCCGCAGAAAGAGAAGCUCCUCGCAACAUCAGCAUCCACUCUCUGCCUCCUCGUCGCAAUCUGCUCAAUCCGCCGCCAGCCAUGCCUUUCUCAAAUCUCAACCCUCCUCCAGCAGCCUGUCCUCCGCCGCCGCAGCCGCCGCCCUGCGCAGUCUCACUCCGACCCCGACCUCCGUCGAAAAUGUCCAGACAAAGCGCAUGAUGCAGCGCAGGGCCUCCGUCUCGUCCCAGGCGAGUGGUGUGCCCAGUUUGCGUCCGACAAGCCGGAAUGGCCUGCGUCGCGCCAGCAGCUCCGCCUCCAUGUCCAACCGCACCUUCCGGGAUCAGUCGCCGCGACGGCCGGCCUCGAGUUCCGGCCCAGUCGAUACCGCCCCACCACUCCCUUCCAUCCCCCGAGAAUAUACCGCGCGGAACAAUAAGGUUCAGCGUUCAACCAGCGUCGGACCGUCCCAGCGACCUAGUCCCCGCGCGAAGCCGUCAGCGGGGCGAGGAAUGAGCGUCGACCGCGGCUCUGCCACCCGGCCUGCCACCCGCGCACCAGGGUCCACGCCGUCGCCGGACCUUCGACGACCAGGGAGCCGGAAUUCCGUCAAUUUCUCGUAUCCGAUGAAUUCACGGCCAAAUUCCCCCGAUGGGCCCGCUGACGCGCUGGAUAGACGUGAUGCUUCCACGGCUGUAUCGCUAGCGGGUCAGCUGUCCUCCCCAGAUUCUCCGAAGUCCAUCAAUGCUAGCCCUCGAUCGGCCAGGAUGCCAAAGUCUAUGGGCGUGUCCCCGGGAAGUCCUGGGCGGGGCGCACAGUCGGUGGGCACCGCAGUCGCCGCUGCGCAGGCUGCCAUUGUCCCCCGGAUGCAAGACAUCACCCAGGUCCAUCCUCCGUCUGCGCCCCCUCGCAUCUCUGUCCCCCGUGAACAGACGAUCCCCGACCAAGCCCCCAGUCAACCAGCCGCACCACCGGAACAAAAACAGCCUCCUCGCCCGCAUCUAGUGAAACGACCUUCCACAGUCCCUGAAGACGCGAAGGGCGAGGAACGCGCGGAGUCAGAUGUCCCUGGACAGCGGACUGUUCCACCUCGGGUUGGCAGUGUGACACCGGAUGCUCCAGUAACGGUCAAGUUCCCACCAACUCCGGACGGAGGCAAGGCUCAGUUGCUGAGUCCACCCGUGAGUCCCCCGGAGCCGACUCCACCCGCUGAUGUUGGCCGGGACAACAAGCCAUCGGAUGUUCGUCAGACGGGUAGUCCGGGGCGGUCCGCUCAUUUCUCUCGUCACUUGUUGGUGGCGGCCUUUGCAGGUGAGCAGCUGCACCAACCUCCCCCCCGGUCUCUGUCGCCAGCCAAGUCAGCAAUGAAGAACACUCGGAAGAGCUCCCUGUCCCCGGAGGGUCGAACCGAAUCCGUUCUGCGGCCGGGACCGCCAUUGAGCGAACUCUCCGAUGGUACCUCUGUUGCCUCCGAUGAAGGGUCCAAGCAAGGGAUCCGGAAGAAGCCCAUCAAGGUCAGUUUCGAUGACGAGGCGGAAGUGGUUGGGGUUGCUGCGAGUCCGCCAACAUCGCCAGAUGAAGCAAUUCCUGAGUCGCUUCCGGAGAAGCCCAAGUCCAAGAGCAACUGGUUUAGUGGGAAGAGGAAACCCACUCCGCUGAACACCGAAUUUGACGAAGUGCUGAAACCCCGCCGGGCUCUCCCGUCGUUUGGUAGCAUUCGAGCCGGCAGGGAUGGUGACGCCCAGGAGAAAACUGUCCCCGAACUGAGCGACAACGAGUCGACAACAUCGUCCGACUCGCCUGCGGAAGCAUUCCGGUGGUCAUUCUCCAAUGACCACGCAGUCGGAGGCCUCAUCGCUGAUAAUCAAUCAAAGGACGCCGAGAAGCGCCUGCCACCGAUGAUGCUUGCCAACGCAGCCGAAAGCGAGUCUGAGGCCGAGAAGUCGCCGCAGCAAAGUCAUUGCACUGGUCAACCGGAUCUGCAAGAAACGUCAGUUGGACCGGCUGCUAUCUCGGAUGUUCCCUCCCAUCCGAGUCAGGGGCGCACACCUGAGGCGACUUUGGCAGUGCCCAAUAUCAUGGUCCAGCCGGCAUCCCCGGACCCGUCAAAGGCACGCUCGAGCCUCGAGUGGUGUGAAGUUCCCGGCCGCUUCCCACGAUCGUCGCUGGAAUUUGACCCCAAGGCUAAUGGUAAGGGGAAGGCAAAGGACAAACCCACCAGACACGUGGCCGGCGAUGGCGCCUCGGGUAUUGUCGAUGAUGAGGAGAGUGGCGAUGACUCGGGCGACAGUGUCUACAGUGAUGCUGAAGAGGGAUUGGAAGGGAACGGUUACGGCUCUAUCAAUGCUAUCGUCGACGAUGAAACCGCAGCCGCCCCGGCAGCUCUCACAAGCGCAGUCCCGACACUCCCUGCAGAGACCGAUGCCAUCGAAGGGAAAAUCUCGCCGCCACCUACUGACUGGCCGAACAUCCCUGACACCUGCCAGAUUGCCCGCACAGGAAGUACCUUACCAGAUAAAGGUAUGGCGCCCAUACCUGAGUCCCCUGGGUCUUCCCAUGAGCCUCUUGCGUUCUCUUCGCCUUAUCCCCCUUUUCCCACCCAGUCACAGAGCCGAAGGAGCUCUUCUCAAGGAGACCUCUCCCGCUCCUCGUCAGUCACCGUGAGGCCAGCUAGACACUCCAUGCUGGUUGGGGCCAAUAACGACUCCAGCCUGGGCGACCAGACCCUGCGUGGUGUGAAUGGGUCGGUGUCGUCACAGCGCGAGGCAUCUCAUCUACGUCAACGGUUUCCUCAGGAUAAUAUCCCAAAGAGGCCAGUCUCAUGGAGCCCAGCCCUUGCAAAGGGGGCUUCUCCUGACCUGGAUCGAGCAUCAUAUGUCAACGGCCAGAGCUCCCCAGCUUCCCCGAGGCCCCUAUCCAGCGGCAGUGACUCCUCCAGCAGCUUCAAACGGGCUAGCCGCCAUGCUCGAGUGGACUCGACCUAUACCAUGCGACGAACCAUGCGGGGGAACACCCCAGGCCGCCCGGUCCCUAACAGAGCGACGUCUCCGCCGGUUGAGACUCGCCCGGUGUCUUCAGAAGCAGGGCUCGGUACCAUGCGCACAACGCUCCGAGGGAAUAGUUCAAAGCGGGAGAAGCCCUCGUUCUUCUCUAAUAGUAAAGCACCCAAAUCAAAGCUGACGAAGGCGUCCGGCGGGGUCUUCGCAUCACGAUUCCCGGACUCCGACUCGGAUGAUGAGGGAUACGAGGCCUGGAGGUCACGGCAUCGCUACGAGGAUUCGAGCGAUGAAGACACACGAAGCCCGAACGCCAUGCGACCUGUCCGGGGCAUUCCCCGUCGACAGGGGGCGCGCGACGGGGACUCGACCGAGCUGGAAGACAGUUCCGACGACGAGCACCGUGCACCUCCACGAGCCAUCCCGCAAUCCCCUGGCAAGUCGAACCCAUCUCGGGACCCUGCACUAGCGGCCGUCGCUAAAAGCCGCGGCAUGACGGAGGACGAGCUCGACGAAUUCCUCCGCCAGCCUAACCGCGGCCGAAAGCCUGGACUGUUCCAUCGCUUCAGUCUUCGAAAGUCAAGGUCUCCCGUCAAUCGUGUUCAAGUCAAACCCAGCGUUGAUAGCUUCGCACGAAGCGGACCCCUCUCGGAGCGUACACGACUAGAUCAAGAACCGGCACGAGGAGACCCUCCGUUGCCGGGUCCUCAAUCGAAUAUUGUCACCACCAUCACAGCAACAAAUCCGCCCCCGCCCCCCUCUAAGCUCCUGCGAAGGCCUUCUCAGAGGUCUGCCCGAGGCGACAGCUGGCCGCUGCGCUCUGAUCGCAAGGAGUCUCGGACCGAGUCGCCCGCCCCCGCGAGUGGGCCAUCUGAACGACUGGCCACGGUAGACGAAGCCAGUCUGAACGGUAGUACUGUCGUCCCUCCUACGCCGGGACCCGUCGCCAAAGAGAACGAGAACCCUUCGACUGGAGUGUCAGGGGUGAAGUUUGAGGGGCGAUCGGCGAACAUGGCAGAUGUGACGAUAUCCUCAUCCGGACGCAAGAAACGAUUUCCCCGACUACGCAAGGCCUUGGGUCUGCGUAGUUGAACGGGGCUAUUUGUCUUCUCAUAUAUAUACGAUUUAGUGCUUGUGAUCUUUUGUUUCUUUUCUCUUCUAUGUCCGUUUUGAUAAUAAUUGUUGUAAUAUUUUUUUUUUCUUCUGUUUUGGAAUUGUUACGAGUUGCGACUAAUCAUAAUCAUAGUGGCAGCUGCCCCUGGGGGUGGGUUUCCCGUGGUGGACGGGUGAUGGGGUGAAAGAGGAGGAACAAAAGUCAGAGAGCAGAGGGCGAAAAGCGGCCUUACGAGAUACGGACAACAAGGUGGUUUGGAGGAGCGACUGGCGCUGGGAUACACUAUCAUUUAACAUUUGGGAUUUCAUUUUGGACUUGGAUCGAUACCCUCGUUUGGUUGCUAUUCUGGCCGGGCUGCGACCCCCAAUGAGCUAGGGCCGUCUUAUUAUUUAUUCAUUGGAUAUGAUGCUAUAAUUACUAUUUACUUGGCAAUCUUGAUUGA